UACCCAUUUAGUCUCCGCUUAGUCUUUCUCUCUCUCUCUCUCUCUCUCUCUCUCUCUCGCUAGCUUCUGUAGCGCCCCCCUUUUCAACCCAUCGGAUUCGCCUCUUUUUAAUCCUCUCUCUCUCUCUCUCUCUCUCUCUCUCUCUCUCUUUCACUCUUUCUCUCUCUCUCUCCGCCGCGAUCUGAGCAGAGACGCGUGAACACGUAACCCUCGGCCCUCUCUCUCUAGUCGCUGCGACGAUCCUGUGGGAUUCUCGAUCUGGGAGCGUUAGGGGCUUCGGGAGCUCGAUGCAGAGGCCGACGAGGCAAUUGGGGCGCCCGGGAUCGAUGGCGAGGGAGAAGCGGGGUUUAGAUCCCGCGGAGGACGAGGGUAGGUUGCCUGAGCCGAAGCGGCCGAGGGUUCCGAAGCUUGCGAGUGUCAUUGUGGAGGCUCUCAAGGUGGAUAGUCUGCAGAAAAUUUGUUCAUCUCUGGAGCCAAUUCUUCGUAGAGUUGUCAGUGAAGAGGUGGAACGUGCUUUAGCGAAGUUGGGACCUGCUAGACUUCAAGGAAGGUCUUCUCCGAAAAGGAUAGAAGGUCCUGAUGGGAGAAAUCUGCAGCUAACUUUUAGGACGAGGUUGUCUCUGCCGCUCUUUACAGGAGGAAAAGUCGAAGGUGAGCAGGGAGCAGCAAUCCAUGUCGUGUUGCUUGAUGCCAACACUGGGCAUGUUGUAACAGAGGGACCCGAGUCAUCUGCUAAACUGGACGUUCUCGUGCUUGAGGGCGAUUUCAACCAAGAGGACGAUGAUGACUGGACUGAAGAAGAAUUUGAAACCCAUGUGGUCAAAGAACGUGAAGGAAAGAGACCUCUUUUAACUGGUGACCUACAGGUAUCUUUAAAAGAAGGUGUUGGAACCCUUGGGGAAAUGAUAUUUACUGAUAACUCCAGCUGGAUAAGAAGUAGGAAGUUCAGGCUUGGUCUGAAGGUUGCCCCAGGCUGUUGUGAAGGUGUUCGUGUUAGGGAGGCAAAGACCGAAGCUUUCACUGUCAAGGAUCACCGAGGAGAAUUAUACAAGAAACAUUAUCCACCUGCCUUAAAGGAUGACGUCUGGAGAUUGGAAAAGAUUGGCAAGGACGGUGCAUUUCACAAGAAGUUAAACCAAGCUGGAAUUUAUACAGUUGAGGAUUUUCUUCGGCUUGUUGUUCGGGAUCCGCAAAAAUUGAGAAAUAUCCUCGGAAGUGGAAUGUCAAAUAAGAUGUGGGAAAUCCUUGUCGAGCAUGCCAAAACCUGUGUCUUGAGUGGGAAGUACUACGUUUACUAUUCUGAUGACACAAGAAAUGUUGGUGCUAUAUUCAAUAAUAUAUAUGAGUUCACUGGCCUGAUUGCUGGAGGGCAAUAUUUUUCAGCCGAGUCCCUGAUCGACAGCCAGAAGGUGUUUGCAGAUACACUAGUGAAACAGGCGUAUGAUAACUGGAUACACGUUGUCGAAUACGAUGGCAAGGUUCUAUUGAACUUCAAGCAGAACAAAAAGUCAGUUACUACCAGAAAUGAUACUAGACUAGCUUCAUCGAGUUAUCCUGUUCAAUAUGACCAGCAAUCAUCUGAGCCUAGUGCCUCAAUUCCAGUGCCUGUAGAGCAACCUUCGAUGGACAGAGUAGCUGGUGGAGUAGAUGGAAAUGCAGUUGGGUACAACGGGAAUCAAUUAUCAACGUACUCCACCGAUGCUCAGCAUUUUACACCAAACAUCCAGCAAUUCGAGAGCACUUCGUUUGCCCCAGAGAGCCAAUUCAACAAUACCUCCUCCCACCAAACUCACAAAGGCACUAGCGAUCUAGCACUCCGCCCGCCGCAACAAUCGAGCUUUGAUUUCAUGGUCCAAUCCUCAAGGCCAACUGACCUCAAUCUCUACGACGAAUACUUAACAGAGGAUGAGAUCCGAAUGCGCAGCCACGAGAUACUGGAGAACGAAGAGAUGCAGCAUCUCCUACGUGUCCUAAGCGGGGCUCCAACUAACGUAGCGGCAGACGGUUAUGGCUUCUCCUCUUACAUGCCAUCCCCUUGCCCGAACUUCAACUUCGACGAGGAGCAAAGAAGCACUUCUGGGAAAGCUGUUGUGGGGUGGCUUAAGAUCAAAGCUGCUAUGAGAUGGGGCAUCUUCGUCAGGAAGAAAGCCGCUGAGAGAAGAGCUCAGCUGGUUGAGCUCGAUGAUUAGCCAAUCUUUCAAGUUGUGUAUGUUUUAUUUCUUGUGUGUCUGUAUCAUAGCUGUGUUAUUACUACUAAGUUGCCAGCAAUGAAUGGUCAGCUGUAUACAUGGCACUUAACUGCUGUCGCCGACAACUGCAUGUUACACGACUUUACGAUUAGGUUCUUGUUUAAUUUCUGCAAAUGCGCGUAACACGCUUCGAAGGUUUCUAAACACUUGCGUUCUACUGGAAUAGCUAUUAAGGUUUCUUUGAACAAUUUUCAUGCA